AUCUGCUACCAGAAUUUCAGGAUCAGUAAAACACUUUAUCUUGCCUCUUAUCUUAAAAUGAUGCACUCACACAAACAGGCACAGCUGCAAACGCACACACACUGACUCACACACAAUCUCCGUCCAUGACCGUAUAUCUUCUGAGAGGAUUAGUGCAGCCUAAAGGUGGAGCAAAAAUUGUGAAGGUUUGUGGGAGUGUAAUCCUCUGAGCUCUCAGGGAGACGGAGAGAAAGAGGGAUGGAAAUAUCGAACUCUUUGCCCUUUGGAUUUUGUGAGAAACUGAUGAGAUGAAAAUCAUUUCUCCAGAAUAACAGGACGCUGGGUUAGGACCAUUUAAUGGCAAUAUAUGAGACGGAGCUGCCCGUCCUCAGGGAACAGAAAUGGUGCACAAACUUCUGCUGCAUGUCGCUUUAGCAGCAAGCCUCAUCUCACCUGUGCUGUCAGGUGCCUCCAACACAAAAACUAAAUCUCAAGUGAAGAACAACUCAGGUGUGACUCCAGCGGGGCAAUGUGGAGCCUGGAUAAAGGAGCCCGAGGGAGGCCAAUUCACCUCACCCAACUACCCUCAGAAAUACCCAGCUGAGAGGGAGUGUGUUUACAUCAUAGAAGCCGCUCCCCGGCAGUGCAUCGACUUAUUCUUUGAUGAGAAGUACUCCAUAGAGCCGUCUUGGGAGUGCAAGUUCGACCACAUCGAGGUCCGGGAUGGGCCCUUUGGUUUCUCGCCCAUCAUUGGUCGCUACUGUGGGCAGGUGAGCCCGGCAUACGUCCGAUCCAGCGGGCGGUAUCUGUACAUCAAGUUUGUGGCUGAUGGUGAGCUGGAGGCCAUCGGUUUCUCUGCUCGGUACAACUUCACUCAAGACCCUGAGUUCAAAAAACUGGGGGAUCUUCCUGCUCUUCCAUAUUGUGAGUUUGAGAUGGGUGGUCCAGAAGGCUUCGUGGAGUCCGCUCAGAUCACCGUGGAGGGCCGGGCUCUGCAGACUGAGGCGGUGGACUGCAGGUGGUACAUCAAGGCUCCGCCAAGAUCUAGGAUCUACAUGCGUUUCCUGGAGUACGAGAUGCACAACUCAAACGAGUGUAAGCGUAAUUUUGUUGCCAUCUACGACGGCAGCAGUUCAGUUGAGCACCUGAAGAAUAAGUUCUGCUCCACGGUGGCCAACGAUGUCAUGCUGUCGUCCUCUGUGGGCGUGGUGAGACUGUGGGCAGACGAGGGGAGCAGGAAGAGCAAAUUCAGGAUCCUCUUCACAACCUUCCAUGAACCUCCGUGUGAAAGCCAAACUUUCUUUUGCCAUAGCAACAUGUGCAUCAACCAAACCCUGGUCUGCAACGGCAUCCAGAACUGUGUUUACCCAUGGGAUGAGAAUCACUGCAAAGAGAAGAGGAAAGCCAGUAUCCUGGACAAACUGGAUCACACCAACCUCACCAUCAUUGGAGUAACCUGCGGCCUGGUUGUCAUCCUGCUCGUCAUCUCCGUCAUCAUCCAGGUCAAACAGCCUCGCAAGAAAUACAUCAUCCGCAGAGAUGACUUUGACCCUGCCCUCCUCCACCCUGGUUUUGAUCCCCCUCACUAUGAGCUCUGCACUCUGCGUCGCGCCCCAUCCGGCGACCUGACUGAUGCCGCCCUGGCUGAGGACUACGAAAAGUUCCACAAGCUCCGCCGCUCCUCCUCCAAAUGCAUCCGUGAUCACCACUGUGGCUCUCAGGCAGGGAGCAUGCACGGCAGUGUCCAUGGUAGCCGCAGCAACCUGAGCAUGAGGGAUGGCAACGCUGGUGACGGGGGCGCUCUUGUUCCACCACCACUGCCCCCAAUGAUGGUGAGCCAGCAGUCCCCGCACCUGUCCCACCUCACCACGCCAGCAGGACGGAGGAGCAUCCUGGUGAUGAAGCACAGCUACUCUCAGGAUGGAACGGACGGGUACAGAGGGGAGGAAGAGGAGGAUUUGAUGAUGGAUGAUGGCCCCACCACAAGCCAGCACCUUAUGCACCAUCAUCAGAUCCACCAUGGGCCGCUGGGGAUGGACCAUGCUGUCCACCGCACCCUGUCUAAUGACUUCUAAUGCAAAACUUAAUGGCAAUACGAAAAAUGUAUAAAGGAGAUCAUCAUGUCAUUCUGUUUACCUGACUGUUCUGACCUUUUAAAUUAGGUUUCACUUUAUUUGAUAUAAAUAAGGGCUGUUUGUUACAGGUCUUGUUUGUGGUGGAUCUUUAUUCUAACUAUAGAGUUAAGUUUUAUAUGAGCUGCCACAGUCGUAGAACAGAAUGGAGUUGAAAAAAGCUAAAUUAGUUCUUAUAAAAUAUACAAAUACAUUUUCAUCCAACAGAGAAACUGUUGUGCAUCCUUAAUACCAGUUUUACAUUGCAUCACUGCCCGUUUUUCUCCUUUUUGUUAAUUGUUUUAUGAUUGAUUUGUUGUGUGUUGUCAUGUUUCCUUUACGUUUGGACAUUAUCGUUCCACUACAGAACAAAAAGAAAGUCAAUGAUUUUAAAACAGGCCAGCAAUAAUGCUGUUAAUACUUUUCAAGUAAGUAAAGUCAGGGACACCUUUCCUAUAAAAAAAACUAUAUGUACAAAUGUUGUCAGAGAGGUUAAACUUGAGGAAUACAUGAUUUGAUUUUUGUUUCUGUUAGUUAGGAAGUAUCAAUCAAUGUUAAUAUGUUUAUAUCAGUUCAUAUAUCACUUUUGUU